UUAUUACUGCCGGAAGUUGAUCGCUUCCUUUGCUUGUAUUGUAACAAAAAUGAAAAUGGCAAAUGAACCUGUGCCAGUAAUCCGCCGCAAUAGGCCUGGCACGAAAGCAAAGGAAUGGUGUAAUUGGGAAGAUGAAUCUUUUGAAGAGAUGGAUAGUACUUUAGCUGUUCAGCAGUUCAUUCAGCAAGCUAUUAGAAAAGAUUUUACAAACGUGGAAGAAAUCUUGAAUCCUCCUGAUGGACAAGAUGAAGGAGUAUGGAAAUAUGAGCAUCUACGACAGUUUUGCAUGGAAUUGAAUGGAUUAGCCGUUAAACUGCAGGCAGAAUGUAACCCAGAGACCUGUACACAAAUGACAGCCACAGAACAAUGGAUUUUUCUUUGUGCGGCACAUAAAACACCAAAAGAAUGUCCAGCUAUUGACUACACAAGACAUACAUUAGAUGGGGCAGCAUGUCUUUUAAAUAGUAAUAAAUAUUUUCCAAGCAGAGUGAGCAUAAAAGAUUCUUCUGUGGCAAAACUAGGUUCAGUUUGUCGUCGUGUCUACAGGAUAUUUUCUCAUGCAUACUUUCAUCAUAGGGUUCUCUUUGAUCAGUAUGAGAAUGAAACCUAUUUGUGUAGACGCUUCACUCAGUUUGUCACUAAAUACAACCUUAUGUCUAAAGAUAAUCUCAUUGUACCUAUCAUGGAGGACCAGCAGACACUAGAAGGAGAAAGUGAAGCAUAGUGUUUAGUUGACUGGUUUUUUUUUGCUUGUAAAUACAAUAUUUUUAGCAUUGUACAAUUGGGAAACAAAUCUAGAAUAAAUUAAUUAGCUGAAUUGAAAUGUAUAGUAUAAAAUAAAAUAAUAUUAAUUAUGCAUUUUUUGUUCCUGAAUGUGUUACAUAAUAUUUUUCCUUAAUAAUUAAAUACAAUUUCUAACCUAAGUUAUACAUGUCCCUUUAGUCUGUCAAAUGUAUUUUGUUUGUUUCCUUCAUUUAAUUGUAUAAUUAUUCAGAUGUUUAAAUAAUUCUUAACAAAAGAUUUUUUAAGCAAAUUUUAGAUGGUACUUGGCAGCAGAGAUGAUAUUGAACAGUUGCGCCCAAUGGUACUGGGCAGCAGGGAUGACAUAGGACAGUUGCCCCAAUUCUUACCUUUCUCAGCUAAUCUGUUACAUACCUUUUUUUCUUUUGUAUUGAAACCAUUCUGUUUAUUUCUAAGUUAUUAAAACUAGUAUCCCAUGCAAGCUGUUAGUUAUUUCAAAAAUUGAUUUGUCCUUUUUUUUUUUACUUAUUUAUAUAUAUAUAUAUAUUUACAUUUUGUAUGUUUAUUAAAUUGACAUUAAAUAUAUAUAAAUAAAUAAUAUCUUGGAUCCCUAAGAUUAAGGAGUUGACACAAACAAAAAUGUAUACAUAUAUAUUUAAACAGUGCAAUAGAUAGUAAUAGCCCUGUAUUGUCAUUGGCCUAAUGUUGUGACUCUGUCCUCCCUUCUCUAUCUUGAUCAUUUGUUCAGGCUUUUCAUUAGUAAGUGAUACAUUUUUAAUCUAUUCGUUUAGAAUGUUUUUGAUAGUCAUUUCCUAGUUGUUUUUUUUUUCUCCCUACUUUGCUUGCCAUUGCAAAUAAUUAAUGACGCAGUAAAUAUGUUAAUCUAUUUUUCCAUCCUGUUUGGUUUCAGACUGUGAUGAUUUUUUUUCUUUUCUCUAGGUAAUCCUUACUUUACCCUACUCAUAGUUUCUAAACUUACUGUUGUCCCUUGAAAUUCUUGGACUUCUAUUCUUUGUAGUAAUCUGGAGUUUUUUUUUUUUUUAAAUAAAUUAUAAUUUUCAAUGAGUUUUAUGACUGAAUUUUUUUAAUGACUUUUAAAAAAUUCUAAUAUCAAAUACUCUUUUGUUUAUAAUGUCAACCAUAUUGUGAGUUUGUUAAGAAAGGUUAGUUUUUGUUUUGUGAAGAAUAAUUCUGAGGAUAGAAACUCAUAUCCAUUUGAUUAAUAAAUUGUAAGAAUAAUA